AUGAGUGCGCUGAACAAUUAUUUCGCCGUUUUUUUUUUAUUACUAAAUAUUUCCUUAAUAACAGCUGAAAGUUUUAAGUCGAUUAACAAAGAUAACUCUUAUACUUUAUAUUUUAAGAAUAAACAAAGAUAUGUAGUUUAUAGAACAGAAGGAUCUCCAUAUAAAAAUUUUUUUUUAUAUGUUGAAGAAAUUUAUCAAGCAACUGAAAUACCUUUGAAAUAUUACGAACGCUUAAUAUCAUAUAAAAAAAAAAAAGUAAAUAAAAAAAACCUAAAAGAAUUUUGUGAAGAAAAGAAAAAAAUUUAUGAAAAUAAAGAUAAUCAACAAAGUUGUUUCUGUUGUUAUCGCCAUCAAUCUCUUACUUUCCCAUUAUUUUCGUAUCUAAAAUACAAAAAAGAAAAAUUUUAUUAUCAAGAUGUUGUUCUAGAAUUAUCUUGCUUAAAAAAAAGUGGAAAAAAAUAUUAUGGAUUUUUCAUUCAACAAAAUUCGAACUUUUUUAUGUUAAAUGUCACUUUACAACAAUUCGACUUAAAUGACGAAUACUUUAUAAAUAUAAACGAUAAAUCAGCAUUAGAAAGAAAGACUUAUUUGUUAGAUCCUUCUAACUUUGAAGUUGACGAUGAAGUAUUUAAUGUAAAGUUAAAGUUUAAUGUUGAAAAAACAUACAAAAACGAUUAUAUUGAAGGAAACUAUCUUUUUAUGGAUAUAGAUACAUUUAGAGAAAAAAUAACAUUAAAAGAUUCUUUUAUAGACAAUACUAUUUUAGAGAAUUCUGUUGUUGUUAAUUCUGAUGAAGUUGAUGAAAAAGGGGAAGAAUGCAAUAAAUUAACUCCAUAUCCAUUUAUAUGGAAACAAAAAAAAGGAUUUUGUUCACAUAAAAGAAAUUAUUGUUUCAAAAAACAACUAAAUUAUUUUUUAAAUUUAGAAAAAAAAAUAGAUCCUAAAAAAUUGUUAUUGUACAAUUAUUCCUUUUUUAUGAUAAAAAAAUCACGUUUGAAUAAAUAUAAUAGUGGAAACAGUUUACAGAAUAAUACACAUAUAACUAAUAACAUAGAAAGAAAACGAGAAAAUGAAGAAGAAAUUGAAAAUGAAAAUGAAAAAAAAAAAGAAGAGAACCAUUUAGAAGGUGAAAAUGAAAAUGAAGAAAAUAAUGAAAAGAAGAAUAUAGAAGAAAACACAAAAAAAAACAUAAAAAAUGAAGAAGAAAAUGAAGACAAAGAACUAGAUAAGAAAAAGAAAGAAUUAGUGGAUUUUGAAAAUAAGAAAAAAUUUAAAAGUAAGGUAAAUAAAACAAAAGAUUUUGUAGAAUAUCUAGAGGAUAAUUAUUAUCUUGGUAUAGAAAAACAAACUCAUAAUUUUAUUGACAUAAAAUCACAUAAUAAUGAAAAAUUAAAUAUACUUUUUGAAGAAAAUAAUGAAGGAGAAUCUGUUUCAUUUGUUCAUAGUUUAAGUAAUUGUUAUGAUUUUAAUAAUGAAUUGGAUAAAUUUUGUACUAUAUAUAUAAGUAUAUGGAAUAAAGAAGAUGUAGAUAAAGAAUUAAGUAUAUUCAUUAACUGCGAAAAACAAAUUGUUAAAGAUCCUUCACAAUUAAAAAAAACAAUAUUUUUAUGUAAAAAAUGCGAAAAUACAACAACUAUAAAAUUUGAGCCUAUUGCUGAUCUUCUAAUAACUCCUUGUAAUGUUUUAAUUACAAAAAAAACAGAGGAAGAAGAAAUAGAAAAAAAAAAAAGAUUAAGUAAAAACAGCAAUAAAGAAGAAUACUUUCUUUUUAAUAUAGAUGCAAAUCAAAUUAAGAAAGAAGAAAAUAGAAAUAUUAUUAAAAAUAUUCCUCUUAAAUAUGAUGUACCUUAUGAAAUUUUAGAAAAUCAUUUAAAAAAAUUAGAUUUUCUUGAGGAUGUAGAAGAUAUCUUUCUGACUUAUAAAAAAAAAAUUAUUUAUUUCAUGACAAAAUCUGAAAAUAUUAUAAAAAUUAUUAUAUUUCUAUUUUUCCUUUUAGCUUUCUUUAUAUUUAUAAUUCCUAGUAUUCCUAUUUGUAAAAGUGUUAUAAUCAAAUUAAAAUGGUAUCAUAAUUUGAAAACAUUUAGAAUGUUAAUAUUUUGGAAAAUACAAGAUUUGGUAAGAGGGAUAAAAAGAAUCCCACGUAAAAUAUGGAGAUUUAUAAAAAGAAUAUCAAAAAAAAUAAAAAGAUCAUUUUCCAAAAUAUUUUUAAAAUUUAGAAAAGAUCAAGAACUAAUUGAUCAAAACUACAAAGACAACUUAGAAAGAAAAAGAAGAAAUGAAGAGAAAAAAAAAAUUAUGAAAAUGAAAUAUGAAAAAAAAAAAAAAGAAAAAGAAGAAUUAAAAAAAAAAAGAUAUAAAAAAUUAUUAGAAAAUGAAAAAAAAUUCAAAAUAGAUAUGGAAAAGGAGGAAAAUAAAAAAAGAAAAAAGCAAGAAAAAAAAAGAGAGGAACAAAAAAGAAAAGAACAACAACAAAAAAAAGAGGGACUAAAAGAGAAAGAACAUAAAAGAAAAAGAGAAAAAUAUAUUAAAAAAGAAUCAAAAAAAGAUAGUAUUUAUUCUUCUCAUGACAAUUAUGAAGAUUUAGAAAAAAAUUAUACUUCAUCAAAUUAUUCAAAAAAUCAUAACUCAAAAAAAGAAGAUAGGAAAUAUCGAAAUGAUAGUAAAAAUAAAGACACACAAAUAAAUAAAAAUAAAAAUAAAAAUGAAUUAAAUGAUUCAUAUAAUAGAGAAUCAUAUAGAAAAGAGAAAUAUUACCAUGAAAAUGGAUAUUCUGAUUAUGCUAGGAGAACUAACGAGGAAAAUUCAUAUUAUCAUAAAAAUAAAAUGGAUAAAAGAAGAAGUAUGUCAUGUGGAGAAGAAAGAUACACAAAUUAUAAUUUGAAUGAAACAUAUAAUUGUAAUAAUUCUACUUACAACAAAAAUUUAUCUAAUUAUAGAAGAAACAAUCAUCAUAAUACUUUGAAUAACAAUGAAAAUGAUAUGAUGAAUAUGCAGCAAUUAUUGCAACAACCUUCAUAUAUACAAACUCAAAAUAUUCAACCUCAAAUGAUGACACAACAUAACUUGAUGCAACCUCAAAUAAUCCAACCCUCAAUUAUGCAACCCCAAAUUAUACAACCCCAAAUUAUGCAACCCCAAAUUAUACAACCCCAAAUUGUAUCGCAACCUACCUUAAUACAACCAUUUGUCCAAUCCUCAGCUGUUCAGCAACCAUACUAUCAAAAUCAAUCUUAUAUUAAUACCAACCAAAGAUAUUAUUAA